CCGGAGUAAGCAUCGCUCGUCGAUGAUCGGUCGGUCGUCCGCGUGAUCGUAGCAACACGACUUUGCUCUCUCUCUCUCUCGUUCGUGUAAUUAUAUACAUACUUAUAGGGUAGUAAUCACGACUAAGGUCGCCAGUAUACCUUCGCGACACUUGAGCGGUACGUCGAGUCGAUGCCAUCAGUCGUGAUCGGCGUACCGGUGCUACCGGGUGUUCUCUCAGUUUUUCCCCUGGAGUAAGUCACUUGUGUUUGGAUCUCAUCCCGCUCAGGUUUUGCCGUUUUACCUCCUCUAUCACACGGGAAAAACAAGCAAAAACCAGCCAGCGGCGGACACGACGGCGUUUUGUUUCAAUCAAUCGCGCCAUUGACGUGCGGCAGCCUCGCGUCACCCCGUUUCUGCAUCUCGCCGCGAGUGAUCACGCUGUGUUCAGAAAGAGCGGAAAGACGGAAUGUCAAAGUGAGGACAGCUGUCCCUCCCGGAUCCCGUAGCAUGGCACUGGCUUGUUUGCGCGAAGUGCAGAUUUAUGCAGUCCAGGAUUCUUGAUUGACCGGCAUCUGGGCAUGAUGCAGGACCCCGAGAACAACACUCAGCUCGACAACGCGCCGCGAAGUAUGUUUCCCAUAUUCGAUCCUACGUCAACUGGACUACCGAUGACCCAGGAGCAGCUGAUUGCUAAUCAAGCGAGAAUGACGAGGAUAGCUCUGAUGGCCGCGAGAAUUCCUGUGUCGUUACACGCCACUCUCGCGUCUCCGUCGCUCUACCCGCAGGAUAUCUUCGGGACUUGGCUAACACCGCGAAUUGCGUCCUCGCCGCCCUCCCCCCUUCACCAACUGCCAGAAGUAUCGCCGGCUCCUAACACGAAGCCCGCGUCUCGGCGCAACAACAAUAACAAUAACAAUCAUAACAAUAAUAACAAUAACGACAACAGUGACAACAACAAUAUGACGGGCAAUGACGACGAGAGAAUCGUCAGGAGGGGUCGCGCCGCGAAGAGAAAACCCACCAAAUCGAAAGCGGAAGCCGCGGCGGAGGGUGCCGACCCGGUCAGUCCUUCCGUCAGUCCCGAAACGGCGAAGGACAGCAAAGAUAAGAUCUUCACUUGCGGAGUGUGCCACAGAUCCUUCGGAUAUAAGCACGUGCUGCAGAAUCACGAACGUACGCAUACGGGCGAGAAACCUUUCCAGUGCCAGGAAUGCCAGAAAAGAUUUACCCGGGAUCAUCAUUUGAAGACGCACAUGCGACUCCAUACGGGCGAAAAACCUUACAAAUGCAAAUUCUGCGAUCGAAAGUUCGUUCAGGUGGCGAAUCUCCGUCGUCAUUUACGCGUACACACGGGCGAGCGUCCGUACGCCUGCGACGUGUGCGCGUCCAAGUUCAGCGAUUCGAAUCAGCUGAAGGCGCACAUGCUGAUACACAACAACGAGAAGCCGUUCGAGUGCGAGAGCUGUCAGAUGCGUUUCAGAAGGCGGCACCAUUUGCAGCAGCAUAAAUGUGGUAACGGCGCGGCGCACGAGUCGCUACCGGAGGCCGAUUCACCCCCGUCGUUGAACAGCGAUGAGCUCGACUCAGAGGAGUACGUUGAUGUUGACGUCGAUGUGGAUAUCGACGGGGAGCAGGCGCCGGAGGAGGAACCAGAAGGGAUUGCGCUCACUAGGAAAUACAUUAUGCCGCCCAAAAGAUUGGCUCGUCAUCUCCGAAUUAACCCCGAAUUAAAUAGCCCCGUAUACCCGAAUCCCUCCCCAGUCGUUUUGCCGGUGCAGACGGAACCCGAGGAUUUGUCUAUGAACAAAUCGUCCUCGCGCAGGUCACACUCCGGCGGCAGCAAUAAUUCGUCGCUGAACGCCGACGUCAGUAACGAGACCAAUCUGGAGGAGGACGACGAAGAGGAUGAGGCCACCAUGUUCCUGAGGCGCCCGCGCGCUCAUCGUCAACAAAUAGUCACCGACAGCGAUCAUGCCUCCUAGUGAAGUCUCAGCGGUACGUAGAGAAAAUUGCGUAAACAAUACCAUUACCGUAUUAUCCUCGACACUAUUAGACAAUAUGGUAAGAGUGUUAUUUACACGGGAUUCUCUUGUCGGCUCCAUCGUCUUGUAUGUCUCGCGUGAUAGAUCUUGAUUACGGGUUACGGAAAAGGCGCCGUUACACACGGAUCGAGCGCGAUCAUUCAAAGCGCUCGUGAAAAAGCGCGCCCCGCGAAGUCUCUGUCGUGUACAUAGUUUCGCACCGGAGAAGAGUCAGAAACGGCGAAGAGGAAAAGGAGGGAAAAAACGUAAUGAGAGGAACUCACGUUUAGUUAUUCGUUGUGGUAGCUGUUAAUGUCUUUUGUUCGACAACCGUGGCGAUGAAAAGCUUGAUAUAGGUAUAGUUAGAUAGAUAAUGGAGAAACGAAGGGAAAGGGCAUUGCGCGUCUCCACGUGCGAACGGUACGCGCCUUUCGUCGACGAAAGAAGGAGAAUUAUAGCUGUUUGGAUUGGAUAUACCGGUAUACAAGUUCCUCUGACAGUAAAAAGUAGCGGGGAGGAGUGACGACGGUCCGUCGGUCCACUGUCGCUGUCGCGAGUUUCGCGGUUCCUUCGGCUACGUUUAUAUCUCGCGUUUGUUCUACGUUGCCCGUUGUUAUGUUUUUUUUCCUUUUUCGCUCCGUGAUUAUCCGGAGAUUUGUUAGCCGCGCUAUCUCGAUCGAACGAACGCUCUUUUAGUUUCGCUGAAAUGAUUCGACAUUCGCGUGCUCGAGACGUUCCAAAUACUUACGAGAAACGAUCUCGAUCCUUUAUUUUUGCAUUGACAGGCGACUGGUUUAUUGCAAAAAUCAAGUAACAAUAAAAACUUUCAAAAUAACCCUCUUGAAUUAAUAAUCAGGAAACACGUACCUUAUUAUUAUUAUUUUUUUGUUUUACAAAGUGACGAAUAUCGUCACUCGCGUCUCUGGUUUAGCAAACUGGAAAAUCGUAAUCGCUGAGCGACUCAAUUUAAAAUUCAAACCAACCUCCACCUCUAUUACCUCCUCCAGUUUCGCCUUGAUCGUAGAGAAUGAGGUACGCAUAAUCGAGAUCUGCUUCUCCGAUUUCCGCCUCUUAUCCUUCGGACGCGCGCACCCGGUCUCGUCAUAAAUCCUUUCAAAAAGAUCUAAGCUUUUUUCUGCCGGACUUUCUCCCCCCCCCCCUCUCUUUUCUGAUCACAGCCGGCGCGCGCGUCUUUCGCGCGAACCAGUUUUCGCGAUGACACACGGGAUCACGAAAAAAUUUUGCAGCCGUUAACCGGUCUUCUCCGCUCAGGUUUCCCAUCGCGCCCCCAUACUUGAGGAUUUCUUUAAGUCCCGUGAAUGCUCGUUUGAUUUAUGUAAUAGUGGGGGAGAUAGAUUUUUCAUUUUGACCGUCGACUUUUAAGCUACCUAGACACGUAUUGUCCGCAUGGGUCCGUAACAUUUUUAAGAUUGAGAAACUGCUCCCAUUUUCGUAUCCCGUUAGUUUCUUUUGCGACAAAACGUAACGCUUCUGGAUGUGGAGAUCGCCACAUCUCUCUGUCUCGUAGAAAGAUAAGACGGAGAAAGAAAGAGAGAAAGAAGAUACAAGACGGAAAAUAAUGCAUUUUGCUCGAAGUUCGGGAUACUCGGUAGGCCCGAAAUUGCCCUCGUUUAUCUUUUGCCUGUAUUGUGCUACCAUUCAUUCGCAAAGAAUCAAAGACAAACGCAGGUAUACGGAUUACGUCGUUUUUGCAAGUUUUGUCGGUUGAAAGUUUUUACUUUUUAAUAUCCACGCAGUUUCUGUAGCGAUCACUAAAGGAACUGUUUAAAAUCGCGUGAGUAAAUCGGUGCUUGAUCGAAAGAUCAAUGCUAAAGCCAAACGUAAAUUUGUUUUUAUAAAGUAUUUAAAAAAAUUAAAGUAAUAAGAUUUUUUACGCGUUACAGAUUAACUUUUUCCUCCCCGAAUUUCAUUUCAAGACAUAUAUUUAUUAUAGAACCUAGGACUCGUUCUUACAUUCUUAUUCUUUUUGACUUUUUUCCCUUUUAUUUCUUCUUUUUCAUCCUUAUUUUUAACGUGCUUUAACUUGAACCAUUUUAUGGGAAUUUAACUUAAAGUUCUUUUACGAGGCACAGAAAAGGAUAACGCGAUUAAAAUCAAUCAUUGCCUGUGUCAUUUCGGGCAUUCCUUACGCAACCAUAAAUCUCAUUGGCAAGCACCACAUGGCGAUCUUCUUUCUCUUCCUUGCUAUACUUUUACCUAUUUUAGAGCACUAAAUCUCUCUCGCGCAAUUUUCAUUCGUUAGGCUCUUCGUUGUUAUACUUUUCUUUCCGUUCUUUUCUCUCCCCUACAAGAGUUGCGGAACGUCUCGGGCACAAUGUCAGUGAAAGUUUGCAAUUUUUCGUUCGAUCGAGGCUUGCUUUCUUUUUUUGCAUCAAAAUCACGUGUUAAUAUUGUUUUUUUUUUUUUAUCAUUAUAUCAUAUCAUUUUUCAUUCGUAGACUAGCUUUAGAAAAAGAUAACACACCGCUUCUCGUCGAUUUGUUCACGUACUUAUUUCAUUGGUCGCAUUCCGCAGGGAGACACAGCAAGUUCUCCUCGGAUCUCUCAGAAGGAGAAACACAAUAAUACCCGAUUUCAAAACGCCAAGUAAACGCGCUCACUCGAACGCAUCGUUAUCUCGACGUAAGUCCGGGAUAAACAGUACAGAAUUUUGUUGAUAUCGCUGAGACUCAAUCGACGAGGCUCAGCGAUCGCCGUAACUCGGAUAACAGUCGAAUCUCAAUAGCUUCUCGGAUCUCGCGAAACAAUAUAUUAUAAGCAUUACCUCUGCUGAAUGCGCCCAUUACGUCGAUACCGUCGGGAUAUUUUCUGCUACCACAUAUAUAUGCGAGGCACGCAGAAGGCGACAGAGGUCAGCAGACCCCGAGAUCUCGAGCCCCGAAAGAAAGGCAAAUCUCACCCCCCGAAACCCCCGAGUUAUAUUAUUGUACAUAGAGGGAACGGCGUCUUAACCCCUCGAAUAAAGGACCGUACGAGGAAUGAAGUCACAAGUGUAAGCGUCGCCCGACUUUUUUUUCUUUUUUAAGUCUUUCCCCCUUCCCCCCUUUUCUUUCUUCCGAGGAGUGACAGAUGAGAACGAGCGGCGGUGCCGUGAUAGGAAAGCGCUUAACGAAUUUGCUUGUGGUCAGUCCGCAACAAUCGCGAAGGCAAAGCGGAAACCGGUCUUCUCGGCCACUCGGGCGACGGGAUGACGGAGAGACGACGUAUCGGGGCCCCCAGGACUCGCGCGACGGGAGAGGCGCCGCGAUUAAUCGGACGGCGGCGCCGAGGAAGCGUUUCUCUUGUCAAGAGCGCGCGCUCCGAACAAAAACCUUCCCUCGUCACGCGGCCUAAUUACGGAUGACGAUUACUUCGUCACGACGCGAAGGAACGCCCCUCGGAAUAGCGUCUUCAGAAUAGCGAUCGACACGCAGCUAGUAACUUCGGCCGAGCUCAAAUACGAAUGUCGCGGGAAUACGAAAGCGCGUUUAUCCCUAUGUCUGCUCGCGUUAACGGAAAUAGCGACGAUCGGCAUAGAGUGUAUCUUAAUUUGUCUCUUCUCCUUCUCGCGAACAUCGAGAAUUGAACUCUCGCCGAAAUUGUACCGUCUUCAGUCUAUGCUUAAUAUUUUAGAAUACGCUCCGGGGGACACAUUUCGAUUUGCGUUAUUCUCUCGAUAAGUCGCUCGUUAUUCCCGGCUCGUCGUUCACGGCAACGCGGCACGUUCUCCAGUUCACUUGGGGUUGCUUGGCGUUUAGACAAGGUGAUACUUCACGCGUCCUCCUCGACGUACACGACGUCGGAGUCCAGCGCGACGGUCGAUUCCGGAAUCGGCAAAUUGGCAAAUUUGGUAAUUGUCGGUCGGGAAAACCAAAAACCGAAUAAACCGGAUACCGCGUCCUAGUUUUGUUCCUAACGUUCGACGUCGAUUCGUUCGCGUUCCGCGUUUACCGAGUCGAAGAGAAUCUUUUCAGGCAAGCAUAGGCCGCAAGUUAUCCGACUUCCGCUCGGCGUUAACGCGGCGCGCGCUUUGCGCGAUGUUGAAUGGCAAGAGUACCUUGAGAGAUAUCGAUUCCUAGUUAAUGGUUGUUAGUUCCGAACGCUGUUUGCAACUUACGUUCCUGCCGGGGCCUUUUUUGGCCGCCGGCCCGCUAUAUUUCUUUCGUUUCCUUGUAAGCAGACCCAGAGUCACGAAAAAUAUCGACGAGGCGAGAAAUCACGUUAAGCAUCGUGAUUAAUGAAUAAGGUUAUCGCUUGUCCUACUGUAAUCAUUAUUGUUGUUGUCCUCUUACUCUUAACGUGCAAAAACUAUGUAUACAUAUUAUAUAUAUAGUAUAUAUAUAUAUAUAUAGUAUAUAUAUUUGUGUCGAAUAGUUGUAAUGUAUUAAUAUGAUGUGUGCUCGAACUGGGAGUACGUUGUACGGAUGGGGAUCGAAAUGUACGACAAAAUAUACAAGUAAUAUUGCAUGAGGGAUAAAGAGAUAUAUAGGAAAUAUCUUAUUAUCAAUAAGAUAUUACUAGAUUUAUGACAAAAAGUUCAUGACAAAAACAGGAAUACAAAAGGCAAUUUAUCUAAAACUAAAAACAAACAUAUACAAAUAAAAGACAAAUAAAAGAUAAGACGGAUGAUCGGGGCAUACGGAAGCAUUUGGAUAUUUGGAUUGCUUGGAAAAAUAUAAAAAAAAAGUAUAUAUAUAUAAAACACAGAGAGGAACAAUUAUAUAUAUAUGUAUAUAAAACGGAGAGGAUUAUCUGUUCCUUAUAUAUGAAUUCUGGCGUAUCAAUAUGUCAUGGUGGAAACGUAUCUAAUUCGGUGAUCCUACAAAAUGUCUAGCUAUUCUACAGAAUCGCCGGCUAUUAUGGUGAAUGGAAAAAAAAAUUCCAACACCUCUCACGUAAUUACGUAUGAUUUUAUAAAUUGUCCCUCCCUCUUUCCUUCACUGGUGAUAUUAUAACAAUUGUUUAAUUUCAUCACUGACGAUCAGACGACUUUAUCUUAUAAAAUAUUGACCGACGGCGAUUUUAUCCUAAUGUAAAAUCGCACCAGUGAAUAUACGUAAUUCAAAAUUUUUAUUACAUACGCCAGCAUAGCCAAUGAUUCUAUGGAAUCACCAUGGCGAUUUCGUACGAGAGCCAAUUGAUCACUUCCACCGUAACGGGUACAGAUUUUUUCUUUUUUUUACACUUUAUUACAAACGUUUACGCUUAAACGAAUUAAACUCUGACGUUUAUUAAUGAACUCUGAUAUUCGGCUGCUCCCUACAUCUCGUUCUCGCGUUUCGCUACGGCUUACAGCUCUUUCCAACUUCAUCGUUUUUUGUUUUGAGGAUAGGAGAGUGCAUGGUGCGCUCGUCGAAUUUUGUCGAAUAUAACGAUUUCCAGUUAUCCAGCACGAGUCGCUUUUGCGUCGCGAGACGCAAAGCGCUCGUCCGCGUCGUGACUCCAACCGCACUUCGUAUCCCCAGUGGCUCGGAUAAGAGGAUCGUACGAUUGUGUAUACUUCUUUAUAUCUAUAUGUAAACUAAAUUUAUAUCUAUAUAAUUUUAUACAGUCAAUCGUGACGCGCGCGCGCGCGCGCGAAUCCGGGCGCCUGCGGACGCGCGUUCCUGUAUGCACGCGCGCGACGCAUCCCAGUGCCAACUCUUGACGCGACCGCGCCGGGAAACCGCGCGGCGCGCGACAAUAAACUUUCUUGUUCCCUCUACCCCUCCCCUCUUUUCCCACCACUCUUGUCCACCCUCUCGCGUUCCGCAACGGCAUCCGUUCGGAUCCCCGCGCGCGUUAACGAUACACACACGGUACAAAUUCAGACCUUAUGCCUACGGUAAAAGUGGAAAUGGAACACGGUCUCACGAAGUAAUAGAUAAUAGUGAUAAUCGGUUAUAUGAUGUAUGAGCGCGAAAUGGCCGCUUGAUUGUUCGUCGCGAACGUUACGAUUACAUAUAUCGCGAGCAAUCAUAUACUCGCGUUACCGUACACGGUGAUCGUUGUCGGCGAUCCCCGCGGGCUUUGUGGGGCCCACACGAAGGAUCUCCGAGAACGAUACCGCAAUAAUUAUAACGUCGCAUAUUGCUGUUCAAUGCUCGAUAUGCAAUGUACAGCGCGAACAGCGGGUCAAGUGACAUUGUACGUAUACUAUGAAACUGACACUACCUCACCAUACACCUAAUAUAUCUCAACCACAAGACUGAUUUUAAAUAAUAUUCCUAUAAUAGAUAAAAAAAAGAGCAAAGAGAGAUAAGAAAAGUGGCGUAUUGCGAAUCAGAGAGUGAGUGAGUGAGAGAGAGAGUGAGUGUGAGAGAGUGAGAAGAAUAUCGUUCGUACAAAUAUGAUAUAAACUGUUUUGUAAGUAAUUCGCGUCUAGGGAAUAACGCUAAUUGUAAUAAUUAUCAUUAUUACUACAUUGCUGCCAAUUUUGAAUUCUUAUUAUGAAUAACAGUAAAGCGAGGAAAGGAACCCUUAAUAUCGUACGUGUUUACUCGUAAUUUCGUGCUCCCGAUCUUUGCAAUCACACGAUUCUGUAAUCAGUUAUGAAAUGUUCCAUUAAAUUGACUGUCUGUCAAACUAUUUUUAUUAUUAAA